AUGUGCAAAAGAGGGGUGUGGGGGGGCUCCGGGGGGUACCCAGACCAGGCCCACAGCCAGCCCGAGAUAAACACUGACACAAGCCGUGGAAGUAAAGACCACACUGUUGUCAUUGGGAGAAGCCCUGAUCGCGGCCGCCCCCCCCUCGCUGGGCCCCAGUGUGUAGAGCCGCCUUGCAGAGUUCAGUCGGGCUACGAGAGGAAUGCGCUGGGAUGCGGAGCUGCAGAGACUCGAGGAAAACGACACAACUCCCACAAUAUGGACAGUAAUGAUCCAUAUUUACACCUCAACUCUUCGGGGCCCAUGAGUGCCCACCCACAUGGCCCUGGGAUGGGGGGCAUGGUGGGCAUGGCUGGCCACCCCUCAGUCAUCAGCACCUCCAGGCAGCUGCCCUCCCCUAUGUCCACACUCGGAUCCCCCAUGAACGGCCUGGCCUCGCCCUACCCCGUCAUCACCUCCUCUCUGGGCUCCCCCUCCAGCAUGAACUUUGGACCUCUCUGCAGCCCACAAAUGAACUCCAUGAACAGUGUUAGCAGCUCAGAGGACAUCAAGCCUCCGCCAGGGCUUCAAAACCUGGGAAACAUCAACUAUCAGUGCACGAGUCCUGGGGGCAUGUCCAAGCACAUCUGUGCCAUCUGUGGAGACCGCUCUUCAGGGAAACACUACGGCGUUUACAGCUGUGAAGGAUGUAAGGGCUUCUUCAAAAGAACUGUUCGCAAAGACCUGACCUACACCUGUCGAGACAGUAAGGAGUGCCUCAUCGACAAGCGCCAGCGGAACCGCUGCCAGUACUGCCGCUACCAGAAGUGCCUGGCCAUGGGGAUGAAGAGAGAAGGUGUGUGCACUGUGCAGGAGGAGAGACAGCGCGGCAGAGAGCGAGGGGACAGUGAGGUGGAGUCCACCAGCUGUUUCAAUGAAGAGAUGCCUGUGGACAAGAUCCUGGAUGCAGAGCUUGCUGUGGAGCCCAAAACAGAACCAUACUCUGAAGGAAGCCCAGGCAACUCGACUAACGACCCCGUCACAAACAUUUGCCAAGCAGCGGACAAGCAGCUCUUCACUUUGGUGGAGUGGGCCAAGAGGAUACCACACUUCUCUGAGCUCCCUCUGGAUGACCAAGUUAUCUUACUGCGCGCAGGUUGGAACGAGCUGCUCAUAGCCUCCUUCUCCCAUCGUUCGGUCACAGUGAAAGACGGCAUUCUGUUGGCCACAGGGCUCCACGUGCACCGGAGCAGUGCCCACAGCGCCGGGGUGGGCUCCAUCUUUGACAGAGUCUUGACAGAGCUCGUUUCUAAAAUGAAAGACAUGCAGAUGGAUAAGACAGAACUAGGAUGUCUACGGGCUAUUGUCCUCUUUAAUCCGGAUGCAAAAGGUCUUUCAAACGCAUCUGAAGUAGAAGCACUGAGGGAAAAGGUGUACGCGUCGUUAGAGUCGUAUACAAAGCAGAAAUACCCGGACCAGCCCGGCAGAUUUGCAAAGCUCCUCUUGCGCCUCCCUGCUCUUCGCUCCAUUGGCCUUAAAUGUCUGGAACAUUUGUUUUUCUUUAAGCUGAUCGGCGACACGCCCAUCGACACGUUCCUGAUGGAGAUGCUGGAGGCGCCGCAUCAGAUCACAUGA